UUACUUUUCUAAAGAAGAGAGAAAUCUUCAAAAAAAUGAAUCACUUUGCAAUCAAAUCAAUAGAAACCCCAUCUAUGAAAUCUGAAAAACACUUCAUUUUCGCCCAAAUUUUGUUGAGGAUUUUGGCUACUGCAUUCACUUUGACUGCCGCUUGCAUAACUUUCAACAGCACACAGACUCUCAUUAUUUUCAAUGUUGAGACGGAUGCUCGAUAUACCUAUUCUCCCGCACUCAAGUUCUUUGUUUAUGCAAAUGUCAUUGGAUGUGCCUUCUCAUUUUUUUCCCUGCUUCUUGCUUCCAUCUUUGGACGUACGAAUCUUCACCCACACAAGUAUUUUUACCUCUUCAUUCAUGAUAUGAUUAUGAUGGCUCUAUUGCUAUCUGCAUGUUCAGCAGCAGCAACAAUUGGAUAUGUAGGAAAAUAUGGACAGAUUCGUUCAGGGUGGAUGCCUAUUUGUGAUUCUGUUACAAAAUUUUGUCAUAAAAUGACAGCCAGUGUUAUAUUCUCUAUUUUUGGGGUUAUUUUCUAUUUAUGUCUUACUAUUAUAUCCGCAUAUCAAUCCAGAAAAAUUCAAGUUUGAACUUAAUUAUUACCCCGAGAAAUUAAAAAAA